AUGCCGCAGCAGUGGCUUUGAGAUGGUGUCAUUCCAUAAGACGACGGGUCUACAAGGUUGCAGCACCAAAUUCAUUGUGGCAUAUUGAUGGAAACCACAAGUUAAUCAGAUGGGGCUUUGUCGUCCACGGUGGGAUUGAUGGAUACUCGAGACUGUGUGUCUUCCUGAAAGUAUCCACCAACAACCGUGCAACCACGAUGACGAAAGCCUUCAUAAAUGGUAAUUGGCAGUAUGGUGUACCUUCCAGAGUGAGAUCGGAUAAAGGUCUGGAAAACACAGGAGUUGGAGCCUUCAUGAUAUCCUAUCGAGGCCCUGGUCGUGGAUCCUUCAUUACUGGGAAGAGCGUCCACAACCAGAGGAUCGAGCGGCUCUGGAGGGACAUGUAUUCUGCAUGUACCAAUGUGUUCCACCAGCUCUUCCAACAUCUAGAGGAGACGGGUCGCUUGGACCUGAGCUCGGAAGUACACACGUGGUGCUUACACCUCGUGUAUGUUCCACUCAUUCAGCGGGCCUUAGACCGCUUCCGUGACGGAUGGAACUGCCACAGACUGAGUGAGGAGAGGGGCAGAACACCCACCCAGCUUUAUCUGCAGGGCAUGAUAGAGCAUGCAGGACGUGGUCAUCGAGGGGUUGAUGACAUGUUCUUUGAACCUCAGGAGGAACAACUGAGUGUCUCAGAGGAGGACUAUGGAGUAGAUGAGGAAGCUCCUGUAGCCUCAGCAAAUGACGAUGAGCUACAGGUGUCCUCUGUUACAACACCCAUUGGCCAUGAACAAAUGGCAGAACUAACUAAUAAAAUAAGACCCUUGGAUUCAGAGGAUGGUUUGGCUGUUGACUUGUUUGAACAGGCUGUGUCCUUUUGUUCCCAGGCAUUAAACAUAUAAUGACGUAUACUGAACAGUUCUAAGUGGUCAAUGGGUUGUAACAGAGGACACCUCUGGCUUCGUCGUUUUCUAAGUUUCAGUAGCUUCCUCAUAUUUAUUUGCAUUGUUUUAUAAGUAGUCUUAAACAGAUUUUGACUUUGGUACGAUUGUUGGACAUUUUGG